GAACCAAAAAUGCAUGUUCUCUUUUUCUACCACGAAAUAUUUGCAGGAAGAGGACAGAUCGAGGACGAAGUUCCAUUAACGCGUUUUCUCAGAGUAAUGUUAACAGAAAAAUGUGGAUUGCCAGGCAUCUUGUGUCUACAGUUGUUAAAAAUGGGCAUCAUGGCUUAUUCCACCGGUUCUUGGGCUCUCUGCCAGAACUGGAGCACAGAUACCUCCACUGCACGUGCUGCUGGAGGAGUCGAAUCUCAACGGCAGAUUUUGAUCUGUUGACUUCUACACUGUCCUCUAAGUUGUGUGAAGAUGAAGGUAAGCCUCUGGACUGUCGUUACACUACAGAACAGCGAGCUGUCAUUCUGCAACGUCUAAACACGGCCACGGAGAAUGAGCUGGCAGAGGUCAAGCUCCUGAGAGGACGAAAAUCGGUCAACAUAGUGGAAUACAGGACAAGAAAUGGACCGUUUAAAGAUCUGGAAAGCAUAAUAAAUGUACCAUUAUUUAAACACAAGACAGCGAUGAUCGUUUUCAACUCCAUCCUCAAUCCACCCGAAAAAAAGGAGAGGCGGAAAACCAAAAUUCAACUUGUUAAAUUCAUCAAGCCGGAGGUUGAUCGGAAGUUACUUGAGGAGGCCAGCUGCAUUGUGUCCAUUGUAUGUGGCACGGAUAAGAUAGCGUGGGCGCAUGUAGAUCGCGGACUCAAUGUUCUCGACUGGCAGCAGGAGAGCUGUCACAACUUCAUGAAAGGGACUUACAUGGCUUCUGCAUACUUGGAUGAUAUUUCGUCGGUGGUGUCUCGAAUGCCGAAAGCCGAUUUAUUUGUGGUGGAGAAGUGCGGGAUCACCGUGCAGAACACGUCCCUGUACCCCGUGAUGGCGCACCUCCGGACGGUGGAGGCCAUGCUCUUCGCCUUGCUGGGACAGCGGAGCGAGCCGGACGCUCCGCCCAAGGUGCUCAACAUGGUGCGCACAGCGGUGGGCCGCCACUUCGGGCUGAUGGUGGGCGAGGCGCGGACCAGUGGAGUGCAAAUGGUGCGUCAGAUGAUGACGGACUCUGUGACGCAGAAGAGCCCGCGCGUCUCAUUUCCGCAUUCCCUAGUGGUGCGCUACAGGCACGCCUUCCAGCUAGGGGUCCGGAAAAGCGGGGAUGAACUGUGCGAUGCCUUGUUGCAGGCGGUAGCUUUCUACGAGAAACUCAAUGAGUGAGACAGGACAACCCCCCGCUCCCCCCCCCUCCGUCAUUGCUCACUUUCUAUCCAGUACUAGUGCUGGUACAUGGAGCUAACAGGGUCAUACAUAAUACAUAUGAACUCUGUGAUCCUUUUUGGAACCAAAGGUCUGAAUGCCUGUACUUUGUUAUAAGCAGGUCUUGUAAAAAAAUUUUCAACUCUAGCGUUCAGAAAGCAUUGCACUGGAGCAUAGGCCACGGUUCAGCAGAGAACUGUCCCAUCAUGCGCUCAGGCUGUGCCCUCAAUAUCUCACUCCACACUGCAAAGCCUGUGUGAACUGAUUAAAAUGGUGUCAACAGUAUUUUGUAUCGACCGCCUCUUGGUUUACAUACGCCUCCAGUUCCUAGUUGUUAAUUCUUGCAUUUUCCCAAUUUGCCUGGAUGUCCAAUAUUAGCACACUGUUGCUUCAGAGGUUGGGUAUUGAGGGUAAGCCAUGAUGCUUGUCCAGCUGAUCUACUGACCCCAGUUCAUUCAGCUGUGCAGCGUCAGCAGUGUAGUUUGUUACAGUUCGGUGAUGUGAACUUUAUUCUGAAAACUCCCUUAGCCACUUAACGGCAUUACUCAAACCCUUAAAGGGAUGCACUCCAGCCUUGAUUUCUCACGUGUGAGGAAAUGAGGAGUUUUUAAAGGAAAUGUCAGUGCUUUACACAUUUGGCAGAAAGAAAUGCAUGUGCAGUUAAUGGGAUUUAUUUCAAAUGAGAUGUUCACGUAUACCUUGCUGGAAUCAGGGGCUGUUCUACACGAAUCUCUGUUCUAAUAUAAUCAGGUGUCGCCCCCCCCCCCUUACCAGACGAAGGGAAACAGCCCUAUAGCUUUUUACAGAUGCAAAAAUUUAUUUCAAUUUCUUCACUCAAUUCAUCUGUACAUAGAAGCUGCUGGAGAUUUAACAAUGAUUGUAUUAGAAGUUUGCUGUCAAACAAGAGGUAAAUUUAUUUGAUAU